AUGCCUGGAGACGAAAUCAAGCAUCCAACCCCAGCUGAAGCCUUCAAACUUGCCGCUAACCAUGCCGCUCUGCUGCGGGGUCUAUUUCUCGACCCUCGGUACAAGUACCUUCAAGACCCCACGCCAACCUUCAUAAAACCCAACCUCGAUGAUACCCCCGCCGGUCUUUACUUCGUUUCCGACUUCGUUCAGAGGACUUAUGUCGAAUACGUCGUCCCCUUCCUACCAGCCGGCGCCACUCGAAAGUGUAAAGCCAUCGCUAACCCAUGGGCGUGGAAUGAUCCCACCUAUUCGUGGGAGUGGGAGUGGGACGAGCAGACGUCGACGUUGAAGGAUAAGGAUGGCAAUGUUAUCGAUUUCCCCAAGUUGCCGGAAGCCGAUGCUGUUAAUAAGAUGAGCGACGUGUUAGGUAGAGGGUUCAUGGCUCGGAAGAUAAUCCUCGAGAAUCGCACCGACAUUAAAGCUCGACUAAUGGUUGGAGGCCAACCCUUUGACUUUGGUAAAGAAGUGGAAGAUAUCGUGAAGGAGACCUAUCCUUUUUGA